AAUGCAAGUAAACAGUGAGGACAUCACUGUCGCCUGGGGACAAGCCCCACAUCCUCUCGACUCUCAGUACGGAAAAUGGCGCAUGGCAGUGUUCCAAGAUGUGCAGGAGUCAAUUGAUGGCUCAAAGCUCUACUUCCUCUACGAUCCACAGGCCGACGAGCAAAGUGGAACAAGUGGACAGAGAAAAGGAUACCCAGGAUUGAUCAUCUUUGAUACCAACUUCAAAUGCUUUGCUGGAGAGAUUCCUGUUCACAGUCCAGGAAAAAUGAAGUUCCUCUUCGCUCUUAAAUGCCCAUCUCCACAAGGCGGCUCUGCUUUCGUUCUCGUCACGGAGGAAGAAGUCUACGGACAAAUUCGUCUUAACGUUUCUCGAAUCGAUUUGGCCCAAGACGGACUUUCAAUCGCCAAUGUUCGGCCUUUAAUUCCCCAGGCAUUGACUAUUGGUGGAGAGUACAUCUGCUCAAUGCGUGAAGAUCUUCCAGAAAUUGUGGUUAUGGCGAAUCCAGGGCUUCAGAUUUGGCGCAUCAACUGCAUGGCCGAAUCGUCUCAGCCACCUGUCGCCCAGUUCACAGUCCCCGGCGCCGACUUGAACCAUUUCUACGAUGGAUUCCUUAACAAUGGCAACAUCGUCUUUUUGUCUGCAACCCCUGAUGGUCAUUUCGACAACACUCGCGUUCAUCUCCUCAAUUUGAACAGUCCUCAACACAUAACAUCGCAAAAUUGCUCUGGAGAUCCACAGCGUGGAAUGCCGAUCCCGAGAAAGCAGUGUGGAUUUGAUUCUGUUACUAAUGCAAUUCUGAUGGCCGGAGGAGAGGUUGACCGUGGCAGCGGUUUCGAGCGUCUUUUGGAUUACUGGGUUCUCAAUACUCAAACAUUCCAGUGGCUUCAGAUUCCAUCUCAGAUGCCGUGCCCACUUAUCGAGCCUCGCCUCACUGCGUGUCACUCUGGAAAUAUUUACGUCUGGGGAGACUUUGAUCAACCGCUUCCAGGAAUGCCACCAAACGGAACACAUCUUCGCAUCCUCCGUGUUUCUGGUCUUGAGAAAGCUAGUCAUCCACCAGCGUAUUCCACAUACAACCCAGCGCCGCCAGCAUACCCAUCUCUGGAUGAGAAGUCUGGAAAUCCGCCGUAUCCUUCUAACCCAUCCAACCAACCAUACCCAUCCAACAAUUACGGAAAUCAAGGUGGUCAAGGACAAGCUCCUCCAUACCCAUCAUACAAUCCAAAUCAGAGCAACUAUGGAAACGCGGGCAACCAACAAGGCCCAUCUCAAGAUCAAUACGGAAACGCCGGAUAUGAUGCGAACCAGCAAGGCGGCUACACUCAAACCUCUGAUGGACAGAAUGCCUACUAUCCAACUCAGAAGAAGAAGAAGAGCUGCAGCAUCCAGUAAAAUGUUUUAUGCACCCUGAACUAUCUGAUCCUGGCCAAUUGUUGUAUAUGUAUAUUUUUAAUGACCUUUUUGAUAUUUAUCCGAAGCCCUAAAGCAGCCCAUUUUGUGAUCCCGUUUAAUACUCUGUACGCUAAAGCAUAAAUAAAGACGAUGUGCCAAGAA